AAACUCACAUUUUAGGUCAGCUGCACGCUUGCAGGAGCUGCGGACGCCGGUACAAGCACCAGCAGUCGCUCUACAAGCACACCAGAUUCGAGUGCGGCAAACCGGCGCAAUUCAAGUGCGAUUUCCCCGGCUGCCUGUACACCAGCAAAAUCAAAGGCAACCUGACGGCGCACCGGAAGCGCCACCUUCGACCCGACGCGCCCUCGUUGUUCCACAAAAUAAAAUUUUAACCUCAAUUCUUAAGGCGUUUUUAAUUCAGUGUAUUUGUUUGUAUAGUCGGGGGGUUUAGCUUGCUUUCUAUUCCUGCAACAGGACAUCUGUUAACGGCGGGAAUCUGGGAAUUCACCUUGUUUUUCUGUUGUCGGUGCCUAGCUGGUUACUACGUCGACGAGGCCGGCAUGUACGGUUGCCUGAGUUGCUGUUCGCUGUACAAGCACAGGGCCAAUCUGUGGCGGCACGUGCGCUGGGAGUGCGGCGGCGAAAGGCGCUUCGCCUGCUCGAUUUGCCACGUCCGGUUCAAGCAGAAAUCCCACCUGCAGUACCACCAGCGGUCGAGGAACUGCAGGGGAACCACCCCCGACUGUCCCGUCAGCGACUGCUAGUUCGCGUUGCCCUUUUCUGUUGCGGUAACUCGAUUCGAGUUACCGUUUUUCUGAUGAAUAAAUUGGUUAAAUUUGGGAUGUUAUUUUUUUUUUUCAUCGUAUAUGCAGUGGUUUAUAGAGCCGUCGAAAUGGCCGUCGCACCUGGUGUUGCCGAUGAUGAUACUGAAGGAGAACCUGAAGGAACCGCCGAAAGCGGGCGUCGGGUACUCGUGCUCGGACUGCGGGAAGGCCUACAAGGUGAAGAGCUCGCUGAGCAACCACAGGAAGUGGGAGUGCGGCAAAGAGCCGAGGUUCAAGUGCCUUUAUUGCGCCUACAAGGCCAAGCAGAAGGUCCACCUGGUGCGCCAUUUGAGGAAGUUGCACCGUGUGCUCGAUUCGGAGGAGUUGAACCACGCCGUGGUUCAUUUCAAGGAAAAGUGUCCGCAGUGCCACAAGCUGUACAAAAACCGCAAAUCGUUGAUAUCCCAUCGGUCGCGCGACUGCGGCAGGCCCAAGCACAACAUAUGCGAGGUGUGCUUCGAGGCCUUCAAGCGCAAAGAGCACCUCAGAGGCCACAUGAUCCGAAGGCACGGCCUGCUAUUGCAUUAA